AAAUGCAGUCAACAUAAUAAAGUGUUGUGAAUCAAAGCCUGGCCUGUCAUUUCCUGUAAAAUAUGUGAUGGACACAAAGCACAUAAAACAAUCUUACUAAAGAGCUGGCAAAAUGUAUUUCUCAAAAAAACCCAAAAACUGUUAAUCCAGUCCAACGGUUGAAAAAUGAUCUUUGACUAACUAAAAUAACUGAUUAGAUACAUAAUUAAAGAAUGUUUUUAUGGUUUGCAGAAUGGAUUAAUAAUUGGGGGAUGGGGGGUAGAGCUUGCCCCUGAGCAUCAUUUAUUCUACCACCUUCUCUGCCUGUGCUGGUAUGUGUUUCGGAGGCGUUGAAAGGGAGUGAUUUGGAGGGAGAGGAGCAAUGGCGAACAAACAGACCCCCCCUCCCACCGCCUCCUUCCAAAAGAAAAAUGUAAAUAAAACCCCAGAAUGAGGCGGUCCCCUUCAGACCUUCUCGAUCAAUCACAAGAGUGACGGUGACUUCUCUUGAUAAAAAGAGGAAAAAAGAAGAAGAAGAAAAAAAACACCUAAAUUGUCAUUGGGCAGAAGCAAUCAUGUGACAAGCGGAACGCUCUAAUUCCAAGCAUGUCUCAAUGAAAGCAUUACUCCAUGGCGCAGAGGUCUCCACACGGCUGUCAGAAUAAACAGCGUUUUAAUUCCCGAUCGCCCGUUUCUACGCAGAAUCUGCGCGCUUUUUCCAGAACGAGGAGCAGGAGGAGAUGAAUUACGAAUUCGGGCGAGAGAGCGGUUUCAUCAACAGCCGGCCUUCGCUCGCUGAGUGCCUGACAUCUCUCACUAACCCCGUCGGUGAUGCGUUUCAAAGUCCAUCAAUCAAGGGCUCGACACUGAUUCCUCCUUCCCCCCUUGAGCAGACCAUCGGCGGCUCGAAGCCCAGCGUCCACCCACGCUGCAAGCGGGCUCUGAAAGGCUGCGGUCCGCUGCGGGGUGCGUCCCUGCCCACGGAGUACCCGUGGAUGAAGGAGAAGAAAAGCGUCAAGAGGAGCCAGACUACCGCUUCUUCCGCCGCUGCCGCAGCAUCUGACCUCUCUCCCCAAGGCAAGACGGGGUUGAUUAAUAACCUUCCUCCUCAAAAGGCUCCUCGUUUUUCUCCUGAGAGACCAGAGACUGCUGAGUUUGUGGGGACAUCCAGGAGACUGAGGACCGCGUACACCAAUACCCAACUCCUGGAGCUGGAGAAGGAGUUUCAUUUUAACAAAUACCUCUGCAGACCCAGGCGGGUAGAGAUAUCUGCGCUGUUGGAUUUAACGGAGAAGCAGGUGAAAGUGUGGUUUCAGAACAGGCGAAUGAAGCACAAAAGGCAGACCCAGUGCAAGGAGAACAGGGACAGCGAUGGCAAGUACUCUGCGGGACUGGGGGACGAUUUGGAGCCGGCUGAGGAAAGCGGCGAGGACUGCGCGCUCCUGCAGAAGGAGCGGUCCGGCCUCCACCAACACACACUGACUUCACAACGGUGUCAAAACGGACACAAUGACCAGGACCACAGCCCUCCGAGCAGCACUGAGAAAAAUUUAAAGCAUCUUAGCAGCCCAGCACCCAUCGGCGUGUCAACAAUAGGCCCGGACAACUCAAUGCAGGAUUACAUUUUCUCCUCAUCGUCCUUUUUCUCAUCGGAUUCAUCACAGAGUCCGCUGCCUUUAUCAUCUGUAACUUUUGACCUUUUGUCAGAGACACUCACAACAAUGGACCUGCAAAAUCUCAGCUACUGAAAUCUGUUCUAUUAUUAUCAUUAUUAUUAUUAUUAAAUGCAUUUAUUCAGUUUAUCGUGUGGGUGGGAGAUUUACAAAAAAAAAAGGACCUCGCAAAAAGGUGAGUCAAUGGACAUUUUUCAACACACAUUCUGGUUUAUUUUUAUAUGGAUCUGAGAUUAUUAUAUUUCUUGAAAUAAACUUUUACAAUUAUUGGGAA